UCUCCCGCAUUCACUACGAACGUAGCGACGGUCGAAAUAGCGGUUAGCAUUUCGUCCGGCGUGCUAACGAUCCUGCCAGCUCGCCGCCCUGCAAAAUACGUUAUAUGCUUUGGGCAGAUAGGUUGUCCAAGCGGUCACCCAUCUAAGUACCCUGCAGGCUCGACAUUGCUUCACUUCGGUGAUCAGGCGAGACAAGGUGCAAUCAGCAUUAUAUGGCUGUAAUAACAAUAUUAACAGUUUCAAAACAUUCGCAUUUUCUGAAGGUGGUAAAGUAGAGUUUGGUCAGUCGCUCGUACAAGUUAUUCUCCUUGAUAUAAUUAUUUAUUCAGUUAUCUGCUAGGAGCAUAGUUUUUAUUAAAAGGCCUACUGAUGGUGGUUUGGGGGAGUUAGUAACUACCAUCGACCUCUUGUUUUGACUGGGUCUUUAUUUUAUUCAUCCCAAAGCAAUGAAAGGUAAAAUUGACAUCGUUGGGAUUUCGUUUCGGUAAUUAAAGCAAACCAAUGUAUGUUUUAUACAUUCCCCUUUUUUAUAAGUUUUUGUCAGUGAUAUUUCUGGUGUCAGAUAUUCUUUGAUCUCGUCUGAAAUUAAUGAUUUUUCUGGAUGAAUUUCUACUUUUGUAUCAAAACUGAAGGGGAAAGGACUAUUUCGAAGAUAACGAGUGAGAUUAAAUUGUGAGUGAAAUUAUCAGAUGACAUCUGCUUCACAGGAUUUUUACAUAAGCAACGUCAUUAGAAUGGAAAGUCUUUUGAAGACUGAGCAAAGAUGUUAUACAAAACACGUAUAACCCUGUUUCUAUGAAUAUUUACUGAAUUACUGCAAAAUAUAUCUUCUGAACUCUGACAUAUAUGUAGCAAAAUUUCUCUUCUUUAUUGUCUGGAAUACACAGAAAAUUAUAUUUGCAUCUUAAUUAAUCAUUUAGCAUUUAAACUAGCACAAAUAUUCUGACCUUUCACACUCACCCUGCAGUGUCAAUUUAAACAUAAACAAUCAAAUCACUGAAGUCUCAGAGCUAUGAGAUAAUCCAUGAUUAAUUCAAAACAAUAUGAAUAAAUAAGCAUUACAUUUCACAAAGGAAUCUCAAUGCUAAACGGUUAAACUGGCCAUAUUUUUGUGUGUUUUAUAUUCAUACUAGCCUGAUCCCACCCCUCACACCCUGCCUACAAGGUCAUUCUAAAAAUAAACAAUCACAACAUUGAAAUCUGAACAUGAUAACAUAAUGAAUAAUUAAUUCAGAAGAAUUUCAAUAAACAUUCUAUUUGACAGAGUAAUCUGAAUGUUAAUGAGUUAAAGCAAUUAAGAAGGCAGUUUGCAGCAUCUUCAGAUAUUAACAAAGAUCACUUUUGAUGGAGAUAUAUCAGUAGAAAUAUUUGUUCAGAGCAAUAUACGAGAAGAAGGAAAACCUUUGUGAACUGUGACAAGAGAAAGGAACAUUAUGGAAAACGAAUUAUUUAGGAGUGAAGUUGAAUGUAAAAGAGAGUCUGAAGAAAUUGAUUUUUCUGAUGAGGAAAAGAAUGAAAAGGGCAAAACAGCAUUUGAUUGUCAUAUCUGUGGCAAGUCGUUCUCUCGGAAAGCUAAGUUAGUCAUUCACGAACGUACUCAUACAGGAGAAAAACCAUAUCACUGUGAAAUCUGUGGUAAAUCCUUUUCUCAAAACAAUCACUUAACUAGGCACAAGAGUUGUGUUCAUACAGGAGAAAAACCAUAUCACUGUGAAAUCUGUGACAAAUCUUUUUCUCAAAACGAUCACUUAACCAUGCACAAGCGUGCUCAUACAGGAGAAAAACCAUAUCACUGUGAAAUCUGUGGUAAAUCUUUCUCUCAAAACGGUACCUUAACCAAGCACAGGCAUGUUCAUACAGGAGAAAAACCACAUCACUGUGAAAUCUGUGGUAAAUCUUUCUCUCGAAACAAUAACUUAACCAAGCACAGGCAUGUUCAUACAGGAGAAAAACCACAUCACUGUGAAAUCUGUGGUAAAUCCUUUUCUCGAAACGAUCACUUAACCAAGCACAAGCGUGUUCAUACAGGAGAAAAGCCAUAUCACUGUGAAAUCUGUGGUAAAUCUUUUUCUCAAAACGAUACCUUAACCAAGCACAAGCGUGUUCAUACAGGAGAAAAGCCAUAUCACUGUGAAAUCUGUGGUAAAUCUUUUUCUCAAAACGAUCACUUAACCAAGCACAAGCGUGUUCAUACAGGAGAAAAGCCAUAUCACUGUGAAAUCUGUGGUAAAUCUUUUUCUCAAAACGAUCACUUAACUAUGCACAGGCGUGUUCAUACAGGAGAAAAACCAUAUCACUGUGAAAUCUGUGGUAAAUCCUUUUCUAAAAACGAUACCUUAACCAAGCACAAGCGUGUUCAUACAGGAGAAAAACUAUAUCAUUGUGAUACCUCUGGUAAAUCAUUUUCUCAAAAUAGUCAGCUGCUUAAUCACUGAUACAUUCAUACUGGCGGAAAAAACCAUAUCUCAUGCGAAAUCUGUGGUAAAUCAUUCUUUCAAAAUAAAGGCGUGACUAAUCACAGACGCAUUCAUACAGGAGAGAAGCUGUAGCAAUGUCAUAUCUGUGGUAAAUUAUUUUAUGAAAUUAGAAUCUUAACUAAUCAGAUACAUAUUCACACAGAUGAGAAGUCAUAUCAUUGCGGUGUCUGUGGUAAGUCAUUCUCUGAUGGACCCAGCUUAACUGUUCGCAAAUACAUUCAUUCAAGUGUGAAAACCAUAUCACUGUGAAAUCUGUGGUAAAUCCUUCUCUCAAAAUGGUCGCGUAACUAUUCACAUACGCAUUCAUACAAGACA